CAGAGAAAAAAGAAGAAAGGAAGGAAAAAAAAAAAAAAAACCAAUAGAAAAAGAAGUAAAAAAAAAAAAAACAAUUCUCUUCCCUUUCUUCUUUCUCUGUUUCCUCAACAUUGGAUUGAAUCGGUUCAUAAUUGAAUUGCAAAUUAGAGGAGUUUCGUUGACUGGUGGUGGUGUCCAAUGGCGUCGGGUCUCCUCCGCCUUGUGUUAUUGGUAUCUCUGAUUGCUCUGUCUUUGGCCCGUGGUGGAAACGACAUGGUUUUGGACACCGAUUCCACCCCAAAAACUCCCUCCUGUAACAACCCUUACCUAAUGGCAAAGGUUAGGAAUUGGGUUAAUGGCCGUGAAGCCGAAACUUUUGAAGGGGCUGGUGCAAAAUUUGGGGCUUUAUUGCCUUCCGAAAAAGAAAACGCCGUCAAAUUGCCUGUUGUUAUCUCCAAUCCCUUGAAUGGCUGUAACGCAUCAUCUUCAAAGUUAUCUGGCGCUAUUGCCUUGUCUGCCCGUGGCGAUUGUGAGUUCUCCGUAAAGGCAAAAGUUGCACAGUCUGGAGGUGCUAAAGCGCUGGUGGUGAUAAAUGACGACGAAGGUCUUGCCAAGAUGGCUUGUCCUGAGGAUAGCACUUCUUUGAACAUUUCGAUUUUUGUUGUGAUGAUUCCAAAGUCAAAUGGAGAAGCUCUCAAGAAAUCUAUUCAAGAUGGAAAGAAAGUGGAGCUUCUAUUAUAUUCCCCCAAGCGUCCAGUGGUGGACUUCUCAGUUGUGUUCUUGUGGCUAAUGGCUGUGGGAACAAUAAUAGUUGCCUCAUUUUGGUCAAAGAUUACCGCUCCUGAGAAGUCUGAUGAGCGCUAUAAUGAACUGGCAGAAAAGGAAUCUAAUACUGGAACAGCGAAAGAUGAUUCUGAGGACGAAGUCAUGAAUCUUAGCGUGAAGGGUGCUGUGUGUUUUGUCAUAACAGCAUCCGUUUUUCUGUUGCUACUAUAUUUCUUUAUGUCUACGUGGUUUGUCUGGGUGCUGAUCGUACUUUUCUGCGUUGGCGGUAUUGAGGGAAUGCAUAAUUGUCUAUUAAGCCUGAUUUUGAGAAAAUGGAGAAGUGGUGGACAGAAGACAAUAACUUUGCCUCUCCUGGAUGAGGUGUCGAUUCUCUCACUUGUUGUGCUGGCUUUGUGUGUGGGGUUUGCAGUUUUCUGGGUUGUAACACGACGGGCAUCAUAUUCGUGGGUUGGCCAAGAUGUUCUUGGUAUCUGCUUGAUGAUAACAGUCUUGCAAAUUGCUCGAUUACCUAAUAUCAAGGUUGCUACCGUACUACUUUGUUGUGCAUUUGUCUACGACAUCUUUUGGGUAUUCCUGUCACCCUUAAUGUUCAAAGAUAGCGUCAUGGUUGUGGUUGCCAAAGGUGACAAUAGUGGUGAAGGCCUACCAAUGCUCUUGAGAAUCCCUCGCUUUUUUGACCCCUGGGGUGGUCAGAACAUGCUUGGCUUUGGGGAUGUUCUGUUUCCGGGUUUGCUUAUUGUAUUUUCUUACAGGUUUGACAAAGAAAAUAAGAAGCGUGGAAUUAGCGGAUAUUUCCUUUGGUUGGUAAUUGGCUAUGGAAUCGGACUUGGUUUUACGUACCUGGGUUUAUAUCUCAUGAACGGGAAUGGUCAGCCUGCUCUCCUAUAUCUUGUUCCAUGUACACUAGGUGUUACGGUGUUUUUGGGACUGAUAAGGCGUGAGCUAAAACAACUUUGGGAGUAUGGCACGGAGCCAGAGGUAUCGCGAAGUACCGUUGAGCCUGCUGUAGAAGGCACUAGAGCAGUCUGACUGCCCCAUCUCUUCAUAUGAUUGGAGUUGAUGCUGAUCUUCAUAAGGCUUAUGGUGUAAAGAGAUUCAUUUGUUUCUUUUGUACAAGAAUAUGUGCUCAACAUGUGCAGAGAAUACAGUGGUAAAGGGCAGUGCUAGCUUUUAACAUUUCAAGUAUAUCACUUUGCCAUUUGCUGUACUCAUGUAUGUAUAUUAUCCUUUUUUUUUAUAUAAAUAAUUUAAUGGCCAAGACUCAGUUAUUCCUAGUAA